AUAUUAUUAACAACAAUGAAUUCAACUGCGAUUUAAACACAGAUACACAGAACUAAAAAAAAUCAGCUUUAUUUUCAUGACAGUAUGUUACGAGCAGGACCUGCUGUGGCCUGCAUGGCAUGCAGGAACAUCUUCCCAUCAAGGACUGGGAUGAGGUUUGGAGUGCCCCUGCAAAAACUGCACCCUCUGUCUCGUGCCAUUCACCAUCGCUACUCGGCCAACAGCAACUCCCAGAGGCCCCCGCACUGUUCAGCCGCUCGUCAUUUUACAUCCCUGUCCAGACUUCCUUUACGUCCACCAAAGUAUCGAGCUGGAGGGCAUGGUUACCAGCAGCAGCGCUCCUUCUGGGUCGCCCGUCUGGCUUCUAGGCUGCUAAAGCUUCGCUACAUCCUGCUGGGAUCAGCUGUCGGAGGAGGUUACACUGCAAAAAAGACAUACGAUGAAUGGAAGGACAUGUUUCCUGACCUGAGCGAGUACACAUGGAUCAUUCCUGACUUUGUAUGGGAACUUAGUGAAAAUAUAGAUUUCGAAAAGCUAGCCAGUGCUUUACCUGAGAUUGAGGAGAUCGCCAAGCUGCUGCCAGACUUUGAGAAGAUAGGCGAGAACUUCACCUUCCUCAAAGGCCUUCUCUCUACUGGUGUGAGUAGUGCUGUCUAUGGAGCUUCUGGUCUGCGUCUGUUGUUAGAAACUCCAGGUGAUCCAAACCUGAAUGGACCUGAGAUCCAUCCAACAGCAGCAGGUUCUGAGAGCAGUGACAAGUAUAAGAAGCAGGGGCUGCUCGGCGAACUCAUUCUCAUUCAGCAACAGAUCCAGCAGCACGAAGAGGAAGUUCGGCGGGCUGCGGCCAGUAACGAGGCCCGCCCCAGUCGGGUCUCGACUCCGCCCCCCACCCAAGGCCCGAAUUACCGCCACAAGUCAUCAGAUAAAGAAAAAAUUGACCAGCUUCAAGAGGAGCUUCUUCAUACCCAGCUAAAGUACCAGAGGAUGCUGGAACGUCUGGAGAGGGAGAAUAAAGACCUGAGGAAAGUGGUGUUGCGGAAAGAUGACAAAGGCAUUCAUCAGAGGAAAGUCAAGAAAUCUUUGAUUGACAUGUACUCUGAAGUCCUCGACAUUCUUUCAGAUUAUGACUCUAACUACAACACUCAGGAUCACCUGCCAAGGGUGGUGGUAGUAGGAGACCAGAGUGCAGGAAAGACCAGUGUGCUGGAGAUGAUCGCACAGGCUCGGAUCUUCCCCCGAGGCUCAGGAGAAAUGAUGACCAGAUCUCCAGUCAAGGUAACAUUAAGUGAGGGUCCUCAUCAUGUGGCCAUGUUCAAAGACAGUUCCCGGGAGUUUGACCUGGGAAAAGAGGAGGACUUGGCAGCACUGAGGCAUGAAAUUGAGCUGAGGAUGAGGAAGAGUGUGAAGGAUGGCCAGACAGUCAGUCCUGAGACCAUCUCUUUAAGUGUAAAGGGCCCAGGUAUCCAGAGAAUGGUUCUGGUGGAUUUACCAGGAGUGAUUAGUACUGUUACUACUGGCAUGGCUGCAGACACCAAGGAGACCAUCACCAGCAUCAGUAAAGCCUACAUGCAAAACCCAAACGCUAUCAUCCUCUGUAUUCAGGAUGGUUCAGUCGAUGCAGAACGCAGUAUAGUGACCGAUCUGGUCAGCCAGAUGGACCCUCAUGGAAAAAGGACCAUUUUUGUUUUGACCAAAGUGGAUCUGGCGGAGAAGAGCCUAGCCAGCCCCAGCCGAAUCCAGCAAAUAAUUGAGGGCAAGUUGUUUCCCAUGAAGGCUUUGGGUUACUUUGCUGUAGUGACUGGGAAAGGCAGCAGUAGUGAAAGUAUCGAUUCCAUUAAAGACUAUGAAGAAGACUUCUUUAGAAAGUCCAGAUUGCUAAGAGAGGGCAUACUGAAAGCUCACCAGGUGACGACGAAGAACCUGAGCCUGGCGGUGUCCGACUGCUUCUGGAAAAUGGUGCGAGAAUCGGUGGAGCAGCAAGCGGACGCAUUUAAAGCAUCUCGUUUCAACUUGGAGACUGAGUGGAAAAAUAACUACCCACGGCUGCGAGAGCUCGACAGGAAUGAGCUUUUUGAAAAAGCUAAGAAUGAGAUCCUGGAUGAGGUAAUCAGCAUGAGUCAAGUCACACCCAAACACUGGCAAUCAAUCUUGCAAAAGAAGCUCUGGGAAAGAGUGUCCACACAUGUCAUUGAGAACAUCUAUCUGCCUGCUGCCCAGACCAUGGACUCUGGCACCUUCAAUACCACAGUGGAUAUUAAACUAAAGCAGUGGACAGACAAGCAACUUCCACACAAAGCACUGGAGGUUGCGUGGGAGACUUUGCAAGAGGAAUUUGCCCGGUUCAUGGCCGAGUACAAAGGGAAAGACCAGGAUGACAUCUUUGACAAGCUAAAAGAGGCUGUGAAAGAUGAAAGCAUCAAACGACACAAGUGGAAUGAGCGAGCGCUGGAUAGUUUGCGAGUAAUCCAGCACAAUGCUCUGGAAGAUCGUUCUAUCACUGAUAAGCCUCAGUGGGAUGCUGCUAUCCAGUUCAUGGAGGAGACGCUGCAGUCUCGCCUUAAGGACACUGAGUCAGUGAUAGCAGAUAUGGUGGGGCCAAACUGGCAGGAGCGGUGGAUGCACUGGACGAAUCGCACACCAGAUCAGCACAUCCGUAAUGAAACCAAGAAGGAACUAGAGAGGCUGCUUAAGCUGCACGAGGACCACACAGCCUACCUGGCCAACGAUGAAGUCACUACUGUCCGCAAGAACCUAGAGGCCCGAGGAGUGGAGGUGGACCCAGUGUUGAUCAAGGACACAUGGCACCAGCUAUACCGACGCGACUUUUUAGAGAACGCCUUGUCUCACUGUAAUCUCUGCCGACGAGGAUUCUACUACUACCAGAGACACUUUGUAGACUCUGAGCUUGAGUGCAAUGACGUAGUUUUGUUCUGGAGAAUCCAAAGGAUGCUGGGAAUCACAGCCAACACUCUCCGGCAACAGCUCACCAAUACUGAGGUGCGGCGUUUGGAGAAAAACGUAAAGGAGGUGCUGGAGGACUUCGGCGAGGACAACGAGAAGAAGGUUCAGCUGAUCACAGGCCGAAGAGUUCAGCUGGCUGAAGACCUCAAAAAAGUACGAGAGAUUCAGGAGAAGCUUGAAGCCUUCAUAGAAGCUCUUCACAAGGAAAAGUAGUGGUUCAGAAACUUCAGAUUCCAUCAUGUGUUCGGAGAUGACUGCACUGAUCAAAAGCAUCGCUGCUUUUUUUGUACGUGCUUUUCUUCUGUUUUUAGCCCUCGGUGCUUUAGCCCUCGAUUACUUCUCACACAAGCACUUAAGCCCCAACCGAACCUGGCCUUCGCUCUUUAAACCUGCCCCCCUGUGAAAACAAGUCAAGUGCACAGGAGCCUCUUUAACUUUGCUGAACAUUUGACCACAGCUGGGUAGGAGCGCUUGCACAAGUAGUAAAAAGUGUACGUACAACCCAUGCUUCAUUCUUCUCUCCUGUAGCACAUAAAAGCACUUCACUAGAAAAUGUCUAGGAUGAAAAGACAGACAGCUUUGGUGUGUUUCCAAUAAAUCAACAAUUUGUA